UAAAUAUACUUAGAAAGAAAGAAAAGGGACCACCUCUGAGCGCCAUUUUAUGACGGCAGACUUAAUCUGGAAGGCGCAGACAUGCGGUUGAGUGCACGCAAAGCGCAUUAUCUUUCUUUUGCUGAACUAACGGGGAGUUUAGGACUGACCGACAUGUUUAUUUCUCCUUGACAACUCGAGCUGCGUGCUCCUCGCGAGCAACGUUCGCAAAGCGCUAAAUGGAGUCUUCUCGUGAGGCAAGGACGUUAUCUCGAGCUUAGAGCACGGACAUUGCACUCGGAAAGCAAAUACAGCAAACACAGUAUUUCCCGUUUCCCCCUACAACCAAAUGUCAAAAUUCCAACUAUAGAGCCUUGCUCUAUGCCAUAAGGCCCAAUUUAUUCCACUAAAAACGAGGAACUCGAGAGCGAGGUGGGAGCUUGGCGUCGACUUCAAAUCAACAAGCUACUUUCCUGAGAAGUGGAGCGGCUCUACGCAUCCCCAAGGAAACGUCCAAUCACCGUGGCUAUGUUAAGCCAAAACAGAGCCGAGCCGAGCCAAGCCCGAGCCCCCCAUCGAGGUGGAUCGAAGUCCACCGAACCCGGAAUGCCCCCGCGAGCAGCCAACGCAGCCCGCUCUUCCUCCUCCCUCUCGUGAAGCUUUUUCAUCCCACCGCCUGUGAGUCACGCUUCCCCACAGGGCACGCCGGAGGUUGGGGGGUGCUCCGCCAAAACAAGCCCGCAGACGGGAGCGGCAGCAGCAGCAGCGGCAUCAGUCUUGGAGGCAUCGUUCCCGCGAAAAGUAGGGAAGAGAAGGAAGCCGGGAAGGAAAGGAAAGCAGACGCAUCCUCCGCUCCCGCUUCACAGCAUCGCGCGCGUUUCGCUGGAUGGUUUUGCGGGGUUGUGCUGCUCGUUUGUCGACGACGCCGCAUCCGCGGUCGUGUAUGUCAUGGGUGUGGUGGUGCGCGAACCCGUGCGGCCGGUGACAAGACGAUCGGUAGUGCUAGCGACCAUAGUGCUGCUUCUCGCUGGUGGCCUGGAUGACAUCUGCCAUGCUUUGGAGGCUCCCGAGAUGCACAAGAUGUACGUGGACUCAAACCUGAAGCUCGGCGACGGUGUGGACCUAAUGUGCUCUCUCAAAAGAGGUUCGGCACCGGUACACUUUGCCUGGUACCACAACGGCCGUGAAAUACGCGCCGAGGACAAACUCGGGGACGUGGUCAGCCUUCAGGGGAAGUCCAUUCUCGUGGUGCGCGAAAUCUCACGGGACCACAUCGGCAACUACACCUGCUCCGUGCGCAACCCGGCCGGGUCGGACAGCUACACUGUCAAGCUCUACGUGGAUGUGAAACCCAUUUGGACCAAAGAACCAGAAGAUGCGUCGGCUUCAACUGGAUCUAAUAUCGUCAUUCACUGCAAUGCCUUCGGUUACCCUGUUCCAAGGGUCGAGUGGAGCAAGGAGAGAGAUGACAGAGACUUCGAGCUUGUUCGCAUGGGCGACAGAUUCAACAUGGCGCCAAACGGAAGUCUGCAGAUCCGUUCGGUGAAAGCUGAAGAUGCCGGCCACUACAGGUGUGAUGUCAGCAACGGGCUCGGGAACGGCCUUUCCAAAAUCAUUAGCCUCGCCAUUAGCACGCCACCGAGAAUUUUAGAGCGCAUAGAGGAGACAACUGUCCGAAGAAGUCACAGUGUCCGGUUGAAAUGCGAAGCAACGGGCGACCGUCCACUGACAGUCCACUGGUUCAAGGACCAGAGGCCAUACCAGGCGACACUGCGGGAAGGAUUCGACAUCAUUGAGCGAAGCCUGCCAGGUGGCGUAAUUUCUGAGCUCCUAAUUCAGAACAGUUCGACGUCAGACACGGGUGCUUACGUCUGCAAGGUUUCCAACAAGUUCGGCAACGUGACAUCUCUCACGAAGCUCUACGUGCUAGAGCCACCAUCGCCUCCUGUCAGCAUCAAAAUCUCGGACAUCAGAAGCCGCACUGUCCGACUGACCUGGCAAGCGCCCUACUCGGAGGUGUCCACGUUUCACGUACGCUUCUGGAAAGAGAACUCCCAAAGUAGGAAGCUGACGCUGAUCACGGUAUCGGGAUCGGAGACCUCGGUCUACCUCAGCGACCUCCUUCCCGGCACGUCCUACGGUGGCUACCUGCUGUCCGAGAACAGGGUCGGAAUGAGUGCACCGUCUACGUCCCUUCACUUCACCACGAGUGAAGAAGCUCCCACCGCACCUCCCUUGGACAUCCGGGUCGUCGGGUUAGGAAGCACGCACGUCAAAAUUGAGUGGAAGGCACCGCCCAAAGAGCACCAGAAUGGCAAGAUACAGGGUUACCACGUCGGACAUCGAGCCUACGACUCCCCGAUGCUGCCCUACACGUACCAGACCGUGACGGGCGUUGACGCGAGCCAAGCUGUCUUGCGUGCAUUGCGACCGAACACCCGCUACGCCGCAGUCGUGCAGACCUUCAACUCAGCUGGGCCGAGCCCAUCGUCUCAUCAGCUGGACUUCACCACACUCGAGGAAGACCUCCCAGUGGCACCCGUCUUCAGCGUCAGCAGUGUCACAUGCUGCUCUGCAACAUUUACCAUAAAGGAGAAGAAACGAAGAAGCCUAACACAGUACGUGCUGGACUACCGGGAACGAGGCGGUUACUGGCGCUCCAUCUACUUUCCGUCGCACACGCACACGCUCUCGCUGGACAGCCUGAGCAGAAUGACGCCGUACGAGGUGGUCCUGUCGGCAUACAACAUGUACGGCCGCGGCGAUCCGUCAGAUCCGGUGCUUUUCGAGACCACCGGAGAGCAGCCCUUGCCACAGAGGACGGAUGAAGGCACCAGAUACCUUCUGAACGCUCGAAUCAUUGGCCCUGUGAUCGCCUCCCUCCUAAUAAUCUUCACCUCAAUAGCUGUGGCUUGGAUCUUCUACAAGAAAAUCACGUCCCCGGAAAAAGACCACCCAAUCAUCUACCAAAGUGCGACCCUUCCCAAGCACAUGUGGCCGGAGCAGGAGUAUGCGACCAUCGCCAGGACCACCAUUCGAAGGAGGGUGGAAGAGGCCUACGACGUCCCUUGGGACAUGGAGGACGUCGUCGAAUGCCCUCCUAAGGUUGUGGAGGACUGCUAUACGCUGCUCAAGAAAAAGGUGCCAGGCGAGCUGCAAAGAGUUCCUGCGGGCCAUUUCCUGCUCGAUGGUCCGUCCUGUUCUAUGCCAGACGAGCCGCCCGUUGAAGAACCGGAAAAAUGAACUUCGAUAAUUUCGUGAUAUUGUGCUUGCCUAUAUCAUCGCGAACAAAUCACCCUCAUUUGAUUUUGUACGGAUCAUUUUUUUACCAUAGACGCAGUAUCAGUCACAUCUGGUUGAAGCAUUCACUGAUAAAAACUACAUAAGCGAAGGAUUAGUAAUAAAGAAUUAUCCACGAAAAUUAACAGCAGCUGUUGUGAAGUACGGACAGCGCCGUGUGAUCCAUGAUCUAAUUUUUGCAAAAUCAGGAGUGAACUUAACGUUAGCGUUUGGGUGCGUUAUUGGAAUGAAUUCUGGUUGGAAGGCUUUCCGCGUUAGGGUGACACUUGCGUUUUUUGCGGUCGUGUUCUCCUAUUAAAAUUCAAAAGCAGGAUGUCUAGCAAGCAGAAAAUUCAGCGACCUAGACAGGGUAAGGAAGCAUAACAGUAAGAAAGCACGGUACAAGAAAGCAGAACAAGCUUACCGUUCAAAACAACGAUACCAUUAUGUAAAAAGGGCGAUAAAGGUUUUAAAGUGCAAGUUAAUAUGUGAUAUGUGUUAGCAACACUUUGAUGGAUACGAAAUAUUUCAUAGUCCGAAAUACCCACAAAACUUCUUUCGAUUAAAAUUUUUAUACACUUGUUUGUGCAGUGGAUAUAGUGAGGACAGUUGAUUGGGAUAAGCCGUGGCGUCUUAAUUGGCCGGCAAGGCAACAGUAAUAAUUCGUAAGAUUAGUACAGAGCGUACGGCGCCUGUGGUACGGCAGCGACUCUAAACAACCGUUGCCUAGAUAGCGGAGAACCGAUCAGAGCAGAUUCCGCUCAGUAGCCUCUGCUAUAAUUGUUCUGACGUCAUUAAGAUUCAUCAUAAGAGGACUCGUCACUACUCAUUCAAAUAGGGUUACGAAAUUAAAGUGCAGGGCGCACAUCACUGGGUAUGCACAUGUACGAUUGAAAAUUCCUGUUCCAGACAGAUGUGACUGGGCUUGCAAACAUCCAUCGCGUUUUACUAUGAGCGAAGGCUGGGGACGUGCAAGGAAUACCUUUGAACGCUGCCGUGUAGUCAGUAUUCUCGGGAAUGUAGUGUUCGCCAGUGUCUGGCAAAUACCUUAGAUAUUUGAGAAACGUAUGUAUAUUGUAGUGUUUGGUCGAGUGCUCCCGUCCUUCAAGAUUUCCUCAAACUUGGUACGUUUAGCGCUUCCACAAAAAAAAAAGAAAAUAGCAUUGGAGCGCCGCCAAUGUAUGACGUUUGUCUGGUGCACUAAUUUUGAGAACGACGUGUAGGUCGUGCUUCACUGCUGGGUGUUUCUUUUCUCUUUGGCUUAAUUGCUUUCCGAACACGCCCGUCACUUUCUAGCACCUUUUGGAACUGCAUUUAGCUUUGUUACACCGGUAUAACACAGAGCUCAAUAUGAGCCACCUGCAUUUUUAGUACAGUCAAUAACAGAAAAACUCCUUCACACCAGUUUAGACAUUGAGAGCGCAAUUGCAUUUUUGGCGCGAUCUGAGGUGAGACCUUUAUGCAACUAAACCUUUGCCUAACAUGAAAAAUGCAAAAACAGCCAGGGCUUCCGCAGAACAAAGGUUACCAUCUCAUCUUUCCCGCUGCCAUAAAAGAACCGUACACGAAUUUUUUCGCAGAUUUGCAUGAUGCACCGCCUUUUGUAAUGCUUUUUUUAGAACGUAGAGUUAGUCUUUUAUACGAUCCGCGAAAUGAUCACACGUAAUUUUUAGGCAUUAACUAGAUAGCUUUUACAAUGACCUCAGUGCUUCAAUAAUAUUUUGCAAACUUAUGAAAAAGGAAUGUUCUUUACGGCUUUUGUGAAUGUUUCACUUCCUUGUAUUUAUAACAAAUAUUUCAAUAUGCUCACACGCGUAUUAUUUCAGAGUAAAAUAAAGGCAAUGAUCUGAAUUUUCUUGACCAUCUGCAGCACAUGAGAGAACAGCAGCUAUCCUAAAACGCCGUUCUCCAAUUCUUUGACCUCAAAUUGUUAAAGGGAGGCACACGCGUUAUGAAACAAUUUUCAUCUUUCUCUUCUUAAUCAUUUUUUUAAUUCUGCAUUAACACUUCAUACAAUUACAUGUGGUUUGUGGAAGUCGCAGAGAAAUGACUUUCUUUUAUUAGGGCAUCAAUUUCGUAUGGUUCUUGAAAAAAAAAAAAAAGUUACUUUGGACGCUUCGUUGUUGGCGUUCCUGCAUGGUGUAAACGUGUUACAUAAAGGUACUCAAGGAAAAAAGUAUUACCGUGGCCUUAUAUAAAACUUCAGAUACUCGCAAAAUGUGAUUGUCGAGUGGUCGAGAAGGGACUUUCUUGUACCGAUAAUUAAAUGUCAUAGCACAUUCGUAAAAUGUUGCAGUAGAUAUUACAUCUGGAGCUUAUUUAAGCCAUGGGUCACAUACCAUGGGUCACAUACCUAUCAAGUCAAUAUGCGCCCUUAGAUCGCUAAAGAAUGCAAGCCUAGCCGAAUAGUGCGGCGAAAAUACUCAGUGAGUGUCGCAUUACAAUGUUCUUU